UGGUGAAAUUGCAAACAGUAGUCAGUGCAAUUUCCUUCCAAACACAUUUCCUCGUAGGCGAGCGGCGUCGGCGUAGAAAGGCGAAAGGCGAUAACCAUCGCUUAGUUUCGACUUCAACAGCAACAUUAACAGUAGUAACGGCAGAAGGAGCAACCGAAGAACUUUUCCUUCUCGACAGAAACGGUGAAUAGUGUUGACCAAUCAAAUGGACUGUGAAUAGAGUGCUCUCGCAGAGGAACCUUGAAAGUGUGAACGGUCGACGAAAAUGUGGAAAAUUCUCUAUCUAUUCGCGCUCGUAUCAACACAUUACCUGGAAACAAAAGCGACAGGAUCGUACAUUGAUAAUGUCAUCGAAGAGCAGCAUAGGGUCAUCAAUGAGAUGAACCAAAAUUUUACAGAUUUGGAAAAAGCUAGUGAAAAACUUAUCAAUUUGGGUACGUUCGUUGGAAGUCACAAGGUGCCACCUAAAACCGUCAAAAUUACCAAUACUGUUGCGGUGAAGGUUCCCGUGCCAUACCCCGUGAAAAUCCCACAUCCUGUGCCUGUACCAGUUCCAGUUACCAAAACUGUCCCCGUUCCGGUAACGAAACUCAUUAAAGUUCCCGAACCAUCCCCUUCACCAACACCAACUGCUUCAAGUUAUGCCACCACACCAGAGAUAAUUCCUACAGCUGUGGCUCUGACAAGCAGAUCGCUGGAUUCAACUGGGGCAUCACAGCUGCUCUCAGGAGAACAAGAAACGGCCCAUUCAAGCACUAAUGAACAGGUUGAAGAAUUCGUACGAUCUUUUCCAGUGCAUUCGGUUUACGAUGUUGGAUCGGACUACAAUCCAUACAUGGGAAAUCGAUUAGCAAUAACCAAACAAGUUGGAUCGGCAUCGGAAGUGCAUCCCACAAAGCACCGUGAGUCGGAUCUCCAGCAAUUGCACGAAUACCGAGGUCCACGGCAGAAAUACGAAUCAGGCAAGCAUCAUUAUCCAGAUUAUCGAUCAUCAGCCAAGCAGCAAGCGACUGCAAGUCCUUCUCAUGCAUAUCAUGAAUAUGCUUAUUCUGGAGGAAACUCUGAGACAGCUAGUCACAAGUUUCAUCCCGAAGUUAUCCCAAAUUCCUAUAAUUCUCCUACAAAAUCAUCUUAUUACUCAAAAGAUUAUGAUAAGUACCCCACCCCUAAGUUUCCCCGACCAACAAGUUCUUCAUACCCCACUAGUCCCACAUUCAGUACUCAAGAAGCUACGUAUGGCGAUGAAGAGCAACAUUACGAUGGUCAUGACUAUAAAUCACGUCAACAAAAACCAUCACCCACUUCAGUAGCUUAUCAAACCGUUAGAGAAUCUUAUCCUCGUUACGAAAAGCCAAAUUUACAGCACUAUCAAUACCAAAAACCUACAGCUGAAAGCUAUCACAACAACUACGAAAGGGAAACCGCAAGUGCGAGUCAUCCUCAGAAAUCUCAAAAGUAUGCAGAACACUAUCAAAAACCCACAGCUAUGAGCUACACUACUAAACAUUACGAUGGAGAGCAUAGAGAAAUAGCUGAGCCUUCUGCACAUUACAAGCAAUACGAACACCAUAGCGAAUCUUAUCUGACACGCGAUGAAUCUUAUCCUGAGCAUAAAGCUCCAUCCGAACACUACGACUCUCAUGACUCUUAUCCUAAACCUAGUGCCACUCCAGAGACGUAUUCACAAUACGAGUCCAAAGAACCAGAAUACGUCCCUCAAGAAUAUAAGACAUACUACGCCAAACCAACUCCGGUUUCCGAAGCCCUCACAUACCUCGAAGAGAAAGAACCUUCACGCGACACAGAGCACGUUGUUCAUGUAAAGCCACAAAACUAUCACUACGAAACCCUCCAAGACCAUAAGACUCAAUAUUCUUCAAAAUCAAACAGCAUCCCUUACAAUUUCCCAAGCGACUCCCAUUUGCACCCAUCCUAUUCUGAAUCGACACACAGCAAGCACAAACCCCAGCACUACUAUUCUUCCUCGCGUGGACAUGAUGAAGAACCGAAAUCCGAACACCAGUACUAUCACCACGCCCAGCACCACAGUCCAAGUCCUUCCCCAUCGAGUCACAUAACUUCCUAUGAUCAUGCCACGGCCAGCGGAAACGAAUACCACCAUCAUCGUCAGUAUGCAAGACCACCACAGCACCAUCAUUAUGAGUCGGCACAUGAAAGUGGCUCAGAUAUGCUCGAAUCGUCCUCAUCGAAAGAUCACGAAGCCUACGAGCGGGCAGUUGAGCAAGAUCAUCGAGCAGCACACCCCAACGAAUACGCUGAAUAUAGCCACGAGCACCUGCACCAUCAUCAUCCUGCCGAGCGGGAGGAGGGCGGAAGGGAUUAUUAAAGCUUGUUGUACAACCAUCAGAUCAGUUCCCGAGCGCUCAACGGCCACGACGGAUACACGUGACGGCGAUCGACUGAUAAUGUAAAAACCACGUGUAAUUUACUAUUUAUUUCACCAGCUGCCUACACCCGUCGAGCAUUGUCCGCACCUAUAGAGCAUUGUCUCGCGCUUCUUCACCUGUGUGAUAGUGAAGAAAAUAGCCGGAAUACGUUUAUCUAAUAAAAUUCGAUUAUAACAUCCCCUAAUUUCCCGGUUCUCUUUCCGCGAGUAUACGGAUGCAUGGCCGGGAUGAUCUACAAGCUGUGCACCCACUCGAAAUGUUGACUAGUUGGUAAGAUUCGUGCAAAUUGUAUUCGAGAUUUGCAAGUAUAAAUUCUGUUAACGAAUUGGAGCAAUAAAGUAAUAAUUUAUCUAGUGU